GCCAGCAGCAGCAGCAGCAGCAGCAGCAGCAGCGACUAUGUGGAAGCUGCCAGUGGUGGGAAUGACCUGCACGGCCAAUGCUGCACAGUGAAGCUAACUGACUGCACAGUCAGGCGACCUGAUGUUGCUCUUAAUUAGAUCCAUAUUACAUUGUAAGAGCCUAGCUAACCAUGGGAAGUUCUGUGGCUGAUCUGUUUCUCCUCCUGCUGAUUUCCACGGGGCACGUUUAUGGAGUUUCAUUCUAUGGGGAUGGCUAUAUCCACCUGCGCACGGAGGAGACGUCCACUCAGACGUUAAUCCAUGUACGAUUUCGGACCUCGAGUCAGACUGGGCUGCUGUUUUUGGCAUCAGGGCGCAAAGACUUCAUGCUUCUGGAGCUGAUCUCUGGACGCCUACAGUUACGUCUGGAUCUGGGCUCAGGUGAGCGUUCACUCCGCUCAGAGAAGGGCAUCUAUCUUAGUGAUCUUGCAUGGCACACUGUGGAGAUGACCCACGACCGCCAUAAUAUCACCAUGACUGUGGACCGCAACUUUCACACCAGCCUGCGAAUGCCGGGGCCGGAUCUGGAGCUCAGCCUGGAAGAUGGACUCCUUGUUGGGGGGACAGCUGGGUUGAAUCAUCCCUACCUUGUCAACAUCUCCACUGGGUUUAGAGGCUGCAUGGAUGAAGUUGUCUUCAAUGAACACAAUCUACUGGCCAGCCUUAGGCCAUAUUCUGGCUACAAAAGCGUCCAUGAGGUAUCUCUGGGCUGUAGUCCACAGUUUUCUGCAACAGAAGAUGAUGCUGUCAGUUUUUUCAGCUCAAAAUCCUUUAUCUCUCUGCCGCCAUGGGAGGUUCUUCAGGAAGGGGUGUUUGAAUGUGAACUGCACCCUUCUGGAAAAGAAGAAGACGGCAUGGUUCUGUAUAGCUCUGGCAACCAGGGAGAGUUUGUUACAAUUGAGAUCAGACAUGGUCACCUGGUGGCAUCAGUGGGAAACCUAAAAGGGAGCAAAACCGAGCUGCAUUCCCUAACACAUGUCUACAGCAACCACACCUGGUACCCCAUCCAACUGCUCUUAAUGCCUCACAGUGUCCAGCUGAAAGUAGGCAGGGAGUUGAUAAAGGCAAGCCUGAGUCAGGAGCUUCAGGUCAUCCAGCUCAAAGGGCAUCUUUUACUCGGAGGACUGAAUGAAGAAGCCAGAGGAGAAGCACGCCGAGCUGGACUUCCUUCUGUUUCAUCUGGAGGAGGCUCUUUUAAAGGCUGCCUCCGAGAUCUUAGGGUGAACACUCAAAGAACGGGCCUACUUCAUGCAACAGUCACCAAGGACAUCACUGUAGGCUGUUUGUCAGGGCAUGCUCCACAGAUAGUGACCAUCACCAGCCCAACAGAACUCCCUGAGAUUGUUACAACCACACAGCCAUUCACUAACAACAAGAAGAUGCCCAACUUCUUGUUGCUGAGAAAGCUGGAAGUAGCAGAGGGGGGACGGGCACUACUGGAACCCAAACACAUAAAGGUGAAUUUAGAUUUUCGUAAGUUGGGCAUCCAUCCAUCCCAGUUCAUGUUCCGCAUCGAAGAGCAACCUGUUCACGGCCAGCUCCGGUUGGACCUCAGUCCAGACCCCGAUGGGACGCUGGACGAAGGACAGAAGAGGACUGUCACGAUAGGAACAGAGGAGAAGGACCGGACUUUCAGUAUGCUGGACCUGUGGCAGGGCAGGGUGAUGUACGUUCAUAGCGGUUCAGAAGACCAGAAUGACUUCUUCAUAUUUUCGGUCUUCUCCAGCAAAAAGAGGGGGCUUCCUGUGUUUCUGAGGGGCAAUCGUCUGCACCGCUUUGAUAUCAACAUUAGUCCUGUAAACGAUGCACCGGUGCUCAGUCUGCCAGAGGGAAACCUUUUCACUCUGCUGGAGAAGUCCAAACGACGACUGACAACAGAUAUGCUGAGAGUGUCAGACCCCGACAGCGGUCCUGAAGAGCUGAUUUUCAGCUCCCUGGGAAACCUCAACACAGCAGGAUAUCUUGAGCACCAGGACUUUCCUGGCAGGGCAAUCAACUUGUUCUCUCUAAAUGAUCUGGAGGAGGGUAAGAUCAACUUUGUCCACACUGGCAUCUCCACUUCCAGGCUGGCAUUCAGGGUCAGCGAUGGGCAGAAGAUGAGCAAUACAGUAGUCCUUAGGGUCAUGACCAUGGCACCCGAACACAAACUGGUAAAUAACACUGGACUGGAGGUGAACCAGGGCCAGGCUUUCGUCAUCACCACCAGUCACCUCGCGGUACAAGUUAAUACAGCUGAUAAUGCAGUAGAAAUCUGGUACAACAUAACAGAGGCACCACAAUACGGCGAGCUCCAGAGGUUACACUCUAGUGGUGACUGGAAACCGACAUCCUCCUUCUCUCAGAAACUUCUAGAAAAAGAACGAAUCCGAUAUCUCAGCACCUUUCGUGGCCUUCAGACCCAGAACAACAUCACAGAUCGCUUUAAAUGUAAAAUCUGCGUUGGCUCUGUGAAUACUGAGGAGGUGGUUUUCCCCAUAGUGGUGCGCUGGAUUCACUUCAAGGUGACUCGAAGCAAGAUGGAGCUCAAUGGUGUUCAGAGUGCAGUUCUCACUCCUGAGGACCUCCAUGUGAUUUCUAAAGGUGUUAAACUCAACGAGAGUGACCUCUACUUUAGGCUCCUAUCAGUACCAAAGAAGGGGCAGCUGUUCUUCAACAAUACAGCUCUACGAAAAAACUCAUUCUUCAGCCAAUUGAACAUCACAGGCGGUCUGGUGAAGUAUGAACUUCUCAACAGGCUGUAUGAUGACACAAGAGACACAUUCAGCUUUCGUGUGUUUUCAACACAGGCCAACUCAACAACUUACGACUUCAGGAUCAACAUCAAAGCUGAGUCUUCUGCCGUUAUCAUUGUAAACAACGGCCUUUCGAUCCUGGAGGGAGGAAGUAAAGUAAUCACCAAAGACAUUCUGUUCACUCACACAUCAAGUAACCGGGAGGUCCGCUACAACAUCACAGUGAGCCCCAGGCAUGGGCAUAUAAGGAAGAUCAACCUCUCUAACUCCACUUCAAUUAAUGACAACAUUGUGACAUUCACAAAUCAGGAUAUCGCUGAGGAGAGGAUCAUGUAUGUUCAUGAUGACAGUGAAACCAAGCAGGAUUUCUUCAAAUUUCAAAUUGUGGUUUAUAAGCUGCACAAGCACGCGAACAAAAAGGAGGACAGAACCCCAGAGGAACACAGCUUUAAUAUCUCAGUGCAGCUUGUCAACGAUCAGAGGCCCGUCAGGGUUGUUGAUAAGGUUUUCAGUGUGGCCCGAGAUGGCCAGCGGUUGGUGACACUGAACGACCUUCGUUACCGUGAUGAUGACUCAGACUUUGAGGACAGCUGGUUGGUUUACACACGCCGGGGGAUUCCUAUGGGAGAUCUGGUGCUGGCCAGUGAUCCCAGUCACAAGGUGUAUGAGUUCACCCAGCGCGACCUCGAGCAGAAAAAGGUGUUGUUUGUCCACAGAGGAGUGAGUUUUGGGCGAUUUGUUCUUUUUGUGUCAGAUGGGAAGCACUAUGUUUCGACGCUGCUAGAGGUGAUGGCCCAGGAUCCUUACCUGCAGGUGGAGAACAACACAGGUCUCAUGGUCCAACGAGGUGGGAUCACGACCCUGACCUCCGCUAACCUCAGCGUCUUCAGCAACCUCGACAUCCGGGACCCACAGGAAGUGACGUUUGAGGUCUUCCUUCCACCAAAACACGGUGUGCUCUGCUUUAAUGAUGGAGCGAGUCUGGCAGUGACAGAAGCAGAUGCAAUCUCAAUAUUCACCCAAAGGGACUUGGUGGCAGGGCGCUUGGCAUAUCACCAUGACGGCAGCCAGGAGUUGUUAGAUAGCUUCAAUGUGACGGCAAGAGCAAGAGAAAGAAGCACUGAGCGCCGACAGGAAAAAGGGAGGAGGGAGGUACACUUGGACAUUGGAGUGGCAGUAAAAAUAUACCUGGAGAGUCAUCAGAGGCCACCAACUGUCAGAAGCAACCGUCCAGUGGUGGUGGCAGAGGGGCAGACUGUAUCUAUAAGCAGGGAACAUCUAGAGGUGGUCCACGAAGACAGCCAGCCCUCAGAAAUAGUUUUCACUGUCCAACGUCCUCCCACACUGGGCGUCAUUCAAAGGUUACUUGCUGACAAAAACACGCAUCAAAACAUGAAUGGACAACAGCAGAACCUCUACGUGGGCAUCAGAGACCCACCAACGACCUCCUUCACUCAGGAAGAUCUCAAUCAGGGAUUGGUCAUCUAUGAUCAACAGGCCACAGGAAGCACCAGUGACUCGGUUGUGUUGGAGGCAACGAAUGGCCUAACGAACGUCGGACCUUUCAAACUGGACAUUGAUAUAAUCCCAAUCCUGCUCCCUCUACAGGUGUCCAACUUGACCCUCGAUGAAGGGUCUUCCGUGCCGCUGACCGCAGACAUCAUCAGGGUCAGUAAUCAUCACUUCGCAGGGAUGAACUUCCUGUACCAGGUCAUCGUUCCGCCACGAUACGGUCACUUGGAGCACAGCCGGAUUCCGGGCAUGCCCAUCACAGCGUUCACACACACUGAGGUGGAACGUGAGUACAUCUCCUAUAUCCAUGAUGGCAGUGACACACACCAAGACAACUUCACCAUUGUGGCCAAUCAGACAGAAAUCAGGAAACACAGUCUGCCCUGCACUGUUCACAUCACCGUCGUGGCUGUCAAUGAUGAGACUCCUGUUGUUGCAACCAACAAUGGCCUCAAGGUGUGGGUGGGUUCAGUUACAGAAAUAACCACAGAUGACCUCAGUGCAGAGGACUCUGACACUCCACCUGAGGGCCUGGAGUUUGUCAUCACCCCGCCAAGCAACGGCCACUUGGCUCUGAAGAGCGCCCCCUCCCGACACAUCCUGAACUUCACUCAGAGUCACAUACAAAGCAGACAGCUCGUGUUUGUGCACAGUGGUGCGCUGUCGGGAGGCUUUCACUUCCAGGUGAAUGACGGAGUGAACUUUGCCCCUCGCCAGAUCUUUGGCACAACUGCCCACUCUCUGGUCCUCACCCUGCAGAGAAACCACCCCAUGGAGGUCUACCCAGGCUCCGUGACACAUAUCUCUGAGCAGGAGCUUCUGGUUGUUGCCAACAAUGUCAGUAACAUGAGAAGAAACCAGUCCAUGGUCUACGCUGUGACCGCUCCUCCCAAACUUGGCCGUCUGGUCCAACGCAUGCCCGACAACUCUAUGAGAAACAUUUCCACAUUCACACAGAGCAUGGUGAAUGAGGGAAUUAUCCUGUAUGACCAGAACAAGCCUGAGUCCGUGGGAUGGUCGGCUGCAGACACCUUUUCUUUCACAGUGUCUUUUCCUCCUGCUUUUCUUCCGCCACACACCUUCACCAUCCUAAUCUCCUACCAGGCCAAUGAACAUCAUCACAUCCCUCAGCACAAGACCAGACUACUGAACAAUGCAGGUACUGCCUCUCUAUUAUAUCAACAAAGCAUCCUGUUUUACGAGCAACGUAGGUUCAAGAGGAGCAGAUUUUCUGUCCGUAUCUGUCCCUCAGGUGCCGUGGUUGCAGAGGGAGGCCGGGUGAUGAUUGACAGGUCCAAGCUUGAUGCUUCUAAUCUCCUGGGGAAAAUUCCAGAGUCCCACCGGAAAGAUCACCACAUCUUGUAUCGAGUGAUUUCUCUGCCCCAUCACGGGACUCUGUCUAUACGAGGGCAUAAUCUCACCAGGAACCAACCAGACUUCUCCCAGGUCACCCUGAAUAAGUUUGGCAUCACAUACAUCCAUGAUGACUCUGAGACGACAAGCGACAGCUUCACUUUCCGGGCUUGGGCGGCUCCCUUGGAUCUCUCCUCUUCCUCUUCCAUGUUGUCCAUGUCUCCUUUGUCCUCUGAUUCUUCCUCUUCCACCUCUUUUUCUCCUCUCUACUCAGCCUCAUCGUCCUCCCUUUCAUCAGUAGACACAGUUUCUUUGCGCCGUGCCAAAGACACCGUGGCAGUUACAGAGAUGUUCAACAUCACAGUGACACCAGUCAACGACCAGCCGCCGCUGAUCAGGAGUCGAGCCCCCAGCAUGAAGGUCGUGAUCGGAGAGAAAGUUGUUCUUGGACCCGACAAUCUUCAGGUUGAAGACCAUGACACCCCACCAGAGGAGCUGCACUACCUUGUGAUUAGUAAACCCAACAACGGCUACCUGACGCUGGGUGAAAGACCGGAGCCAGUGACCUCCUUCACUCAGUAUGAUGUCAACCAUGGGCGGCUGCAUUUUAUACAGCAGGGUGAGCCCUCAACGGGUGUUUUCUACUUCAACGUAACUGAUGGUCAUCACCGUCCACUCUACAAACUGUUUAGUUUGGAGGUGAUUAAGCCUUCUGUAUCCAUGGUGAACAACACUGGCCUAUCAUUGGUUCAAGGCCGGACCGCUGUGGUCCUGGCGACCAACCAGCUGGCCGCUCAAACCAAUGGUCGCACCCCGGCCAACAUCUCCUACACUGUUACCACACACCCCCGUCAUGGACGCAUUGCUAUUAACGACCAGGAAGUCACCACCUUCUGCCACGAGGACCUCCAGCUGGGCCGAGUCGUCUAUCACAUGACUGAUCUCAGCGAAUCGGAGGACAGCUUCCAGAUCUCAGUGUCAGCCUCGUCUCCCGGUGUUGACUAUGGAAAUGUAACAGCACAAACAGUGAAGGUAACUGUGCGGCCUCUGGUUUUCCUGAGAGAGCCGGUUAGAGUUCCCAGUGGUAUCGCCGUGAAACUAGGGAAAGCCAUGAUCGACGCCUCUGAACUGGCGAGAAUCAGCCGAGCAAACCCUGUCUUUGAGGUCCUCUCUCCUCCGAAACAUGGAAAACUAGUCAAGAUAACCUAUGACCCCAACCAAGCCUCAGAGGUCCUGAAGUCAUUUACCUUCAGAGAUGUGGUGCAAGGUCGAGUCGCCAUCGAGGAGACUCUCAGUGACAGUGACAACCAGCUCCUUAAUAAUAAAUCUACUCUAACGAAAGCACGAGGCCAUGCUCCUGCCACACCUCUCAAUGAUUCCUUCAUAUUUCUGGUGAAGGCCGGAAACGUCCAGCCUGCAAAGGGUGAGCUUCACUUCACCAUCUUGCCCCACCACCAGAUGCGUCAUGGCCCAAGUGGCUUCAGCAAAGUAGACGGUGCAAAUCGUGAACACACAACCGCUCGACUACCAACGCAAAACAGGACUGCCACCGGAGCUGGAAGAGGAGGCGGACGAGGAGGAUCCGUGACUCAUGGUGCGGUUGGAGUGAGCUUGCGCCCGCAUAUUUUGUCACAUAAGAACCAAAACAAGACACAGCACAAGUUGAGGCCUCACGGUCGCUGGGGGAACCACACACGCAGCGGGAAUCAUCGAGGACGAUCGGAUAGCAGCACUGAAGGACCAGCAGGAGGUCACGGUCGUGCCCCGCAGCCCCACACCCCUUCCAUCCCAGAGAAACACACUCCAGAGAAUCCUCCUGACACUCACCCAGUUCACGUGGAGGUUCUCCCCCGUCCUGCCUCCGACCCCCUCCUCAUCAUCCUUCCACUGCUGGCCUGUUUGCUCCUCAUCAUAAUACUCGUAAUUUUGAUUCUGGUGUUUCGCCACCGCAAAGAGAAACAGGCCCGGCUGCAGCUCAUCCAGGAGCUUGCAGCAGUUCCAUUACCCCCUGAGGACAGCCCUUACAUGGGCAGGUCAGAGCGGAGUGUGGCCAUGCCCUCUGUGAUGGUCACCCCACUUGGCUCUACUAGCUGCCCGACCUCCCCAAGGGUUCCCUUAAGUCCCAGGAGGAGGAGCCUGGCCCCAGGUAUGACAUUCUGGGGCCCAAUUGAAGCUGAUAUAGCAGGGGCUGAUGGGGAUAUCCGAGGCUUUAGCAGUAAUGAAAGACAAAAUAUAACUUGUGGUAAUGCAUUCCCAGCUACUCUCGCAGGCUACAAGACCUCUGUGAGAGCUUGCUCCCCAACUCUAAAAGAAAACCAGUACUGGGUUUGAGGCAAGUGAUUUAGAGAAAAAAAAUAACUGUGCCUUAGAGGUGUAUUUUAUGAGGUUGUAAAUGAAACGCAUGUACUUUUCAGCAAGCACCCGUGGUCACCAAAGGCACGAGGAUGAAAAAAUGCUAUGUGUAUAAUGGGCAUCACAUUUAAGUCAUUUCACUUAACCGACUUAAACUGAACGCAUCUUUGUUGUACCAACAAUGUAAUCUGGUCUGCUAGAUAUAACGAGCUAACGGAGCUCAGACACAUGCGGUAGUGUUCAAAGAAAUCAGUCAACUAUUCCAGCUUAUCAGGCAGUUUUUGUUUUCUUUCUUGAGAAUAAAUGCUCUUUCUGUGAGAUUUGUUUCAUGAAACAUGACGACUGUUAGUUCCUUCUCACAGAAGACCAUUUUUAUGUCUAACAGUCUCCCACUGAUUCCUGGUAACACUGGUUUUAACAUCUGCGGCUGCGAUGAAUGAUAUAUUUUUGGUUGGAACUAUUGCUGUACAAGGAAGUGAAACACAGAAGGAGAUUUUAACCUACAGUUGUUCAUGUACAUACUGACACAUCACCUCUAAAAAACCUAAUAUGCAAGCUGCUGCAGCCAAGUGUUCAUACGUGCGACUAAAAGUACUGUAAGCUUCCGAGUCUGUGCAUGCAAACUAUAACAUUCACAGAUACAGGAAUUAUUCCCUUUUCUGUACUUUUCCGUCAUUUUUGUUACGGCUGGAGGCAGUGAGCUGUAAUGUUACUGCUUCUUACUUUCUAUUUGAUGUUAAUGAUGCAUUGAGAUGUAGUUUGCUCAGUUCUUGAUCAACAUUCUUGCCACUUUUUACCCAUUAUAUGCCUGAACGUGUUUGCCAUCCACUGUAAAGAAAACAAAACAAAAAGUUUUUGAAUAAAAAAAAAUUCUUAAAUACG